AUUCUUUUAACUACGUCGUAUUAAAAUCCUUCAUAACUCUUCGAUCGGGCGAAUAUUUUUUUGUCAAACUAAUCGAAAUCAUAAAUAUUUAUAUAAACGGUUAAUAAUAAAUAUAAAGUUUUUUAAGUACCGUUUCAAAAACAUCGCGUAUAAUUAUAAAAAUGAUAUUUUCUAUGAAAAAGUAAAGGAGGACAUUUUGUUUUUUUUUCUAUGGAAGGAGCGAGAAGAAGGAGAAGGAUUUUCUUGUAGUUCAUUUUCUUUUUACUUCAUAUCUUGGAAUAUAAUCUAUUUAUCAAAAGCCCAAAAAGAAAAAGUGUAUCUAGUUAAUGUGUUCUACGCUAGAGUUCGAUGCAAGGAUUACAAUUUGAAACAUGGCUCAAUAACGCGCCACUACUUUUCUCUGAUCACAGAUCGUCUGUAACACACAUCCGACGACCGCGCGUCGAAAUUUCAAAUGUUGCUUACACUAAUCCAGACGAAAUGUCGCGUGUAAUGAGUUAUAUCACAAAAAGUGACAUUAUAUUAAAAUUAAAUAUAACAACGCCGAACAAUAAAGAGUUAACGCCCUGGUUAAUUGUCAAAAAUGGCUAACCAUUGAAAUAGUAUUUUUUGUUGAAUAUUAAUUUAGAAAUAAUAAACGACAAGAAAGAGAAAAAGAGAGAAAAAUAGAGAGAGAGAGAGAGAGAGAAAGAGAGAGAUAGAGAUAGAAAAAGAAACUUUAUUAUUCUCAGUGAAUAUAUUUAAUCUUAAAAAUUAACGUGUGUACGUUUAAUAAUUGAUAUAAUGCCGCGUAUAAAAGCAUCGCCGAAAAAAUAUGUUAAAACGAAUAACUUGAAUUCGACUACCAACACUUGGGUCUUUCUUAUGAAAGGAGAUAGUUUAGAGGGCAAAGAUGGAAAUUUGCCAAAUGUAGUCAAACUUAGACACCCUGCGUCAAGUCAGCCAGCUAUGUUUGUCUUCAGCCCUGGUGAUCUUACUGUACAAGAGGUUUUAGCAUUUGAUGAAAACAAAAGGUCGUGGUUUAUAGAUGAUAAUGUUAAGUCUGAUGGAAAAAUGCAUCUCUCCACUCCUAUCGAUCCAAUCUUUCUAGUUUUACCAUAUCUAAGAAAGUCACUGCAAAUACAACCUCUUGACCAAUGUUUAUGGGAUGAGGAUUAUCCAGAAACGCCUCGCUUAGCUCAUUGCCAGAACUUAAAGUUGUCUUUGGUUGCUGAUCGUAAAGGCGAUGAAUCUCUUCAAGCUUUCAAGUACAACGAGGAAAAAACAUUAAAUUGGUUGAAAAAGAAAGUAGAGAGAGUAGCUGAAGUCUUAAAACAAAAAAGUAUUCAUGUAUCACAGGGCGCUUUAAGUGCUACCUAUGUUAAAAGUACUAAAUAUGAAAGUGGUACUGAUUUAGAAUAUUUGAAAUAUGCACAUGGUAUAGUAUCCGAAUAUUUGGCUGAUGACAUAGCAAAAAAAUUAGCACAAUAUUUAAAUAUACCAGAUGAAGUAGAAAAAAAGCGUAAAUUGAUUAGUCCCAAAGAAGUAUCGGAAGAAAAGAAAUUCAAAAGAGAUACUUCAGAAGAAGAUGUAACUCCACGUACCAAAGCUUUGGAUUUGUCUAAACCAGAAAAGCCUCCGAAAAAUCCAGCUAUAAGUAAGAAGGAACUCUCUAGACAAAAAGCAGCCAUUGGAUCUAAAAGUAUUACUAGCUUUUUUAAAAAAAAAUGAAUUAUACUAGGUUACAUAUUAUAAAUAAUUUGAGACUGUAAUAAUAGGUUAUAUAGUACUUGCAUUCCUAUCAAAGUUAUUCCUAAAACUUAUAAAACUGCUAAGCCAGGAUGUUAUUAUAUAAUCUAUUUUAUAAUGCGUACCGUAAUCAUUAUUUUCCUGUAACAUUGUCUUAUUAUCAAUAGUUACAUAUCUAUAUUUUAAAUUGUUGGAGACUGGUUGUAUAAAACUAUUGUUAGCGAUUUUAAAAACAAUUCUUGUUUUUAUAAUGUAAUGUAAAUGAUGUGUAAUAUUUUUUAAAGCAACAGAAUGGAAAAAAACAUAUUGUAAUUUCAAUCAUUGUUUUCUAUUGAAAUUAUUUAUAACGAUAUAUGUAUAUUGUAAAACAAAGCAAUAUCUUUCUAUAACUCCUUCCGAAUGUAUAGGCUCUGUAAUCAACUAAUACCAAUUAUGAAUUAAAAA